GCCAGCCGCAAAUCAAAUCUAAAAGAAGAAGAAGUAUCUUGACGGCAGGCCUGUCUGUUCAUUUUAAACAGCCAAACACGCAAGCAUCAACACAGUCACCUACUUUGCCUAUCUCUUCAAGCGUCCGGAGAUCGCCGUCACAAAUAAAGUUCAUUCAAACUCCAGCGGAGUUCCAGGGGAUGAGGAUGCAGAAAAGAGCCUGCUGGCGCUUGCUGGAGGCUGGAAACAGGAUUUGGGUUAGGCUCAGGGGGGGCUGAGACCCAGCAUGGAGAGCGAUCGAGCUGGAGGCAAAGCUCAACGCCUAAGGAACAAGCACGCUUUGACAGAGAUGUCAUACGGCAAAGCAGAGACCUACCGCCCUGUCCCGCGGGACUUCAGCACCCUCAUACAGACAUGCAGCUCCAACAUACAGAAGAUCACACAGAACACUGCUCAGAUAAAGAUCAUGGUGAACCAGCUGGGGACCAGACAAGACACCAGUGAACUCCAGGAUCGUCUGCAGCAGAUACAACACUAUACCAACCAACUGGCAAAAGAAACCAACAAGCACCUGAAAGAGUUGGGAUCAAUCCCCUUGGCCUCAUCACCUUCAGAGCAACGGCAGCAAAAGAUCCAGAAGGACCGGCUGAUGAAUGAUUUCUCAGCGGCUCUCAACAACUUCCAAGCAGUCCAACGACGUGCAGCAGAGAAGGAGAAAGAGUCAGUAGCCAGAGCGAGAGCUGGAUCCCGCUUAUCAACUGAAGACAGUUCUCGGGAUGAAAAGCUUGUUUCUUUUGAUAACCAAGAGGACUGGGGUCAGAUUACUACACAGACAGAGGAAGUGGCUAUCACAGAGGAGGACCUGGAGCUCAUCAAGGAGAGAGAAACCAAUAUCAGACAACUGGAGUCUGACAUUAUGGAUGUAAACCAGAUCUUUAAGGACCUGGCGGUGAUGAUCCACGAUCAGGGAGAGAUGAUUGAUAGCAUCGAGGCAAAUGUGGAGAAUGCUGAAGUUCAUGUAGAACGAGGAACAGAGCAGCUCCAGAGAGCCGCCUACUACCAGCAAAAGUCCCGGAAGAAGAUGUGUAUCCUUGCCAUGGUUUGUUCCAUCGUGCUUGUCAUACUUGGCAUCAUUAUCUGGCAAGCUGCUAAGUGAAAUGACUACACACAACUGACGUGUCACUACUAUAUUUUACUCUGCCUGCUCCCACCUGCAAGUAUCUGCUUGGAAUCACAAGAACAACAAAAUGAGGCUAAUCACUUCACCAAGGUCAGCGGAGUAGAUCGAUGCAGAGGGAUGGUCGGAGUGGAAAACAUACUUACCUGAACUGAUCAAGCCUGUUUGUGUGAAAUAGCUGUAAGACAUCCUAUUUACACUAAGAGGAGUGAAUGGAGGAUGGAGUGGUUAAGGGGGGUGAUUUAAGAUAUGAAAUUCCUUAAUUUGCUUUGAUUCAUUCAUUUCUUUUAUUUACUGCACUAACUCUAGCUGUCACUGUAUUUCAAAUGUCAAAAUGUUACAGGCAGUGAUUUCAAAACAAAUAAAAUGAAAAAGCUUGUUAAAGUGAAUUAAUCUUUGAUUUUUAGGGGCUGUAAAAUAUUUUUUGUUUCCUGUUGUUGUGGCAUCUUCUGAUAAGUGUAUGAAGUGCCACUGUGGCUCCUGGUCCCCACAGUAACAUUACAUGGGACUUACAUGACUCCUGGUGGCGAUGUCAGCCGUGGUUGUAAUAUACAUGUUGUAAAACGAAAGCUCUACUCAAAUUACCAAUAUGAAUCCAAUCCAUCUCUGUAAAUAUCACAGUAAGUGCUGCAUUAUAUUCUACUAAGAACAUUAUGGAUACAUAAUGGCAAUAUCUCAAAAAUGAAACUCAAGUCUUGAAACGAAACAUUUUUAAAUUAAUUUCUAUGACUCCUGACAGUAUGCAUAAUAAAUGUCUUAAACACU